CGUUUUUCUCCAUGUCUGAUGAGAACGCAGUUGACAUAAUACAACCAGAAUCUGUAAAAACUUCUUCUCCUAUACUAGGAAAACUAAAAGUUCGCAUAUUUAGUUCCUUUCUCAAUGUCAAGGUCAAGAAAGCCUAUGUUGUGAUCACCUUGGGAGACCAACGACACCAGACAUCUAUAUCUGAAGCUCGCCAUGGUCAGUGGCAAGAAAGCUUUGACUUUAUAGUGAGUUUUCAUGCCCAAUUAUUUGGAACGAUACAAAUGGAUCUUUAUGAGAGCUUUGCUAUCUAUCCAGACAAGCAUAUCGGUCGUGCUGAGAUUCGCCUUAAUACCCUGGUGAACAUGCCUGAGACUUUUAGUAGUUAUUAUGAGAUAUGGGAUAAGAAAUUAUCAACAGGUGCUAGUUCAAGUAUCGGCAGGGAGAGAGCAGCUGUCAACAAUCGUGGUGCUUUGCAUGUAGAAAUCUCUUACAGUUAUUUGCGACCUUCUGACAUAAUAGAUCAAGGGAAAGACUUGGAAGAGAUCAUGCCUACGCCCAAAUCAAGCUUGACCAAUUUGUUGAUAGAAGAGCUAUCAGAAGCAGAAUUCAAACGACACUUACAAUUCCAACGUGAAAGAAGAAAGACAGGUGCUGAUAUCUCAUUCAAGCAAUAUGAAGAAUCAAAUUCUGAUCAAAGUGAUGCCUUUGAAGACGAUUCAGACGAUGAUUUUGAUUCAGUUGUCCGGCCACUUAAAAUGAACAAAAGCAGAUCAAUUUUACGUAAUAUUGAUGACGAUGAAGAGUUUGGUGAAAUGGUGGCUGCACCUCAACCAAACACUGUCAAACGCACCUCUUCCUGGUUCAGCUCUUCCAAGAAACAAGAGGAUAAAAAAGAUUGGACAGACACAAGCCAAGUGAUAAAAGCAAUUGGAAAACUACUUGCUAUCUUUGGGCAAGGAUUUGAAUUGACAAAUAUGCAAGUCUUGACAGGAUUUACUGUGCUGGACAAGUUUUAUACAGACAUGCCACGAAACCGGACUUGGGAUCUUGUUGAGAACUUGUCAGAAAUCGAUAUGGGAGCUCGUUUUUGGAAGUUCUCAAUUGCAUCUUAUGGCUGGAAAGGGUUGAAUUUUAUUGGGCAGGGAAAUGGGAUUUUUUCAGAUGCUAUGCGAGAACAUUCAGAUGCAAAAUCUAUUCUUGAAUACCUGAUUAUUCCAAAAGAAGACCUUUUAGCAUAUGAAUUUAGAUCUACUGAGGCUUUUCGUCCAAGCUAUUUUAUUGCAAGAGAUCGUUUUACGAAUUCCAUUGUGUUAUCUAUUCGUGGAACUAUGAGUGUGAUGGAUACAUUGACUGAUUUGGUGUGCGAAUACGAACCCUGGAAAGGAGGAUUUAUCCAUAGUGGGAUGAAAUUCUUUCGCCAUGUUGUGCCUCAACUUGUGGCUUACUCGAAUGAACAUUCGACUACUGGACUUGUGAUUGUGGGACACAGUUUAGGAGCUGCAACAGCUGCUAUUCUUACCAUUAUCUUGAUGGAUUGUCUAGAUGAAUUCCGUAAAGGAAAAGAAGAAUUCAGUCUAAAGUGUUAUUGCUAUGCUCCUGCGUGUGGUCUUAGUCUUGAUCUCGCUGAAAAAUACAAGGAUAUUAUACAGUCCUUUGUAUUUGCAGACGAUAUUGUCAGUAAAUUAAGCUAUGGAUCUGUGAUGGAUGUAAAGGAACUUAUUAUCGCAAGUACUGAAGCUGUGAGGAAUAUGGGAGUAAGUGAGAUUCUAUGGUCAAGUAAACUUGAAGGAGAGAAAUGGAAAGCUGCAUUUGAACAGAUUGAACAAGUACGAAAACGUUGUUUUGAUGCAAUGGAGAAUCCCAGACUUUAUGUUGCAGGACAAAUAUACCAAUUUUGGCUGGAUCCAACACCGAGUAAUGAUACUCGUAUUGUAGUGGAGAAAACAACAGCAAGUAAAGUAUGCGAUGAAGUUGUUGUGAGGAAGUCUAUCAUACUGGAUCAUUUACCGACCAACUUUGACGUUGCAUUCAAAAGAGCACGUGAAACACUCAUGAUGGAAGGUUGUGCUCAUAAAAAAGGAGAGUCCCUUAGUGGCGUUUUGGAUCCUGUUUCGUUAGACAAGAAGGAGGAAAUCCCUAACCACAUAUGGGACGCAGUGGCCAAGUUAGGUUUGAAAGGGACAACAGAUAGAACAGGAGGUGAAGGGAAAGCUGUUGGAGAAAACAGUUCUCGUUAAUAUAGAUAGACAUAAUUUAUGAAAGA